GUGGAGGAGGAGAAGAAGAAAGAAGGAAAGUUGUUGAGGGUAAAGUUGGGAUUUUGAUGUAAAAUGCAUUGAAACUUGGGGAGAGAUGAGCCGGAGUACAAAUUUUUUAAAAAUUAGGGGGUGCAGCACAUAGGUAAAAAGUAAGAGGGGCUGGUUCACACUGAUUUUUAAAUGUUGGUGCUUAGAAGCAAUUUUCCCAUAAAUUAUUGCUCCGGGGUCUAUCCGACCUCAGGAACCGAAUCCAAACAGCAGGAACAAACGGUAAUAAUUAAAAAAAAAGGAAAAAUUGAGAAGGACAAAAAAAACCCACCAGUUUCCUAAUUUAUCCAAAUUAGUCCCUGAAAUCUCGGCAUCAAAUCUCAUCAAGGUUAUAUCUUUUUUCGGCCGUUGAACUCUCCGUCUUCCGCUGAUUCGAUUGACCCACGAAUUUGUAGACUUCGAGUUGGUUUAGAGUGGUGGCGGGAGCUGAGAUUAUCCGUCAGAGCUUGACUGUGGCCGUCGACGCGGCUUGUUCGGCGGUGGUUCCGUCGGUGGCGAUGGAAUCUGGAGCGGUUGCGGUGGAGCUGAAUCUGAGGGCUCCAGCUGCUAUUCCUGAAACUCCUAUUUCACCGGAAAUUCUUGAAUUCGUUCCCAGCCUCUGUUCUGGUAGCUUCAGUGACAUCGGGAUGAGGAGGGAUAUGGAAGAUGAGCAUAUCUGUAUUGAUGAUCUUUUUCUAUUCGUCAAGUCUCAGUGUAGGUGUUGCAUACCUUCUUCUUUUAUGGGGUAUUUGAUGGCCAUAGUUGUUCUGAUGCAGCAUCAUACAUCAGGAGGCAUGCCCUCAGGUUUUUCUUUGAAGAAUCCAUACUCCCUCAAGCAUCCAAAUUUGACCGUAUAUUCCUACGUGAGAUCAAAAACUCUAUUCGGAGAUCAUUUCUGCAAGUAGACCUUGCUCUGGCUGAUGAAUGCACAGUGAUCAGCUCCUGUGGGAGUACGGCACCUAUUGCAUUGGUGCUCGGAAGGGUUCUCUUGGUAGCCAAUGUUGGUGACUGCAGAGCGGUCCUCUGCC